CAGAGGCCACCAGAGGCCACUUUAGGUCACUCCACUGAUUCGACGUACCGAUAAUAUGUCGAUACUCGCGGGUCUCGUGGUCGAGCGUUGAUCUCUUACGCGGGGACGUGUCUGUCGGCGGGUGUGCGGGUGCGGCACGAUGUCGCAGUGAUAGCGGUACGAUCGCGUUUCUCCGGAGCUUCGGGCCUCGUUGACUGGAGGAGAACGAACGCGCGUGCAUGCAUGCGUACGUACAAACGUGUGUACAGGCGCGCGUGCAUGCAUGCAUGCGUGCGUGCUUGCGUGCGACUCUCGGCUCUCUUUCACCUGCCGUCUCGCACCUGUUCCGCGGACGCCGCGUCUCGCCGUCGCACCCACGUCGCGUCGCGUCGCUCGGCGACGGACGCGCGGUAGGGAGAGGUGGCUUGUAGGUUAUGAAAAAAUCGAGCGAGCACUGGACAAGCGUGAGCAACAUAUCGUCGGGGUGCCUGCCGAAGACGAGGCGUAGUCGCGCGACGAGUCUCGGGGACGACAGUCUACUAAACUUCUACAUGAAGGAACAGGAUAUACCCGAGUACCUGGAGGGCUGCGGCCUGUCAGCCUGCACGGCCAGCACGGCCAGCAGCGACAUUUCCGAGGAAGUGGACCUCCAAGAGAUGCGCGUUCACAAUAAGAAGAAGUUCUCCACCGCUUCGUCCAUCGGGAGCAGCACUAGUUUGGUCGACUCCAAGAAGAUUGUCAUGGUUAAGCAUCCAGACUCGAACAAGGCGAAACCCACUACCAAGAGGAAUAAACCGAUUCAGGCUGAGUUGGACGUGAGUAAGGAGUUCGUUCGAUGCAGGGAGAAUUGCGUCAAGCGGUUGGACCUGAGCAAGGCCAGUAUCACGAUUCUGCCCAGUUCCGUGAAGGAGCUGAAACACCUGCGCGAGUUCUACCUCUAUGGCAACAAGUUGGUGACCUUGCCACCCGAAAUCGGCUACCUCUCGAAUCUGGAGACGUUGGCGUUGAGCGAGAACGCGCUCACCAGUCUGCCCAACACUCUGGACAACCUCAAGUUGCUGCGAGUGCUGGAUCUCAGGCACAACAAGCUCACCGAGAUUCCGGACGUGGUGUACAGGCUCACGUCGCUUACCACGUUGUACCUGCGCUUCAACCGCCUCAAGUAUGUUAGCGAUAACAUAUGUAAUCUGACGAGGCUCACCAUGCUGAGCUUUCGGGAGAAUAAGAUCAAGGAGCUGCCUGCGGGGAUAGGCGAACUAGUCAAUCUUGUCACCUUCGACGUUUCGCACAAUCAUCUCGAGCACCUGCCCGUGGAGAUUGGUAAGUGCGUGCAGCUGUCCAGCCUGGAUGUGCAGCACAACGAGCUUCUCGACCUGCCGGACACGAUCGGUAAUCUGGUGGCGCUCACGAGACUCGGCCUCCGAUACAACAGAUUAACGAACAUACCGAAAUCGUUGGCGAACUGCAGGAUGAUGGAUGAAUUCAGCGUGGAGGGCAAUCAGGUGUCGCAUCUGCCGGACGGUUUGCUGGCGAGUCUGUCGUGUCUCACGACGAUCACACUGUCCAGGAAUAACUUUACCUCGUAUCCGGCAGGCGGCCCGGCACAAUUCGUCAACGCCUACUCCAUCAAUGUGGAGCACAAUCAGAUCGACAAGAUACCCUACGGUAUCUUCUCACGAUCCAGAAACCUCACGAAGCUGAACAUGAAGGAGAAUCUGCUGAACGCUCUGCCGUUGGACAUCGGUUCGUGGGUGACGAUGGUCGAGCUAAAUCUCGGAACAAAUCAGCUGAUGAAGCUUCCGGACGACAUACAGUGCCUGCAAAGUCUGGAGGUGUUGAUACUCUCCAACAAUUUGCUAAAACGUAUCCCGACCACUAUGGUGAACCUUCAUAAGCUGCGGGUGCUGGAUCUGGAGGAGAAUCGCAUCGACAUGUUGCCGAAUGACAUUGGCUUGAUGACCGAGUUACAAAAGCUGAUCCUGCAGUCAAAUCAGAUCACCGUGCUGCCACGCUCCAUCGGGCACUUGAAAAAUCUCACGUACCUCAGCGUGGGUGAGAACAAUUUGAGCUGUUUGCCGGAGGAAGUUGGCACCUUGGACAGUCUGGAGUCGCUCUACCUUAACGACAACCCGAACCUGCAUAAUCUACCGUUUGAGCUGGCGUUGUGCAAGAAUCUCGGUAUUAUGUCAAUUGAGAAUUGUCCGCUGUCGCAUAUACCUGCGGAGAUUGUAGCCGGUGGACCGUCACUGGUGGUCCAAUUUCUCAAAAUGCAAGGUCCCUAUCGACCAUUAUAAUUGUUCUAUUAAGGUCGCGUGUUUUAUAUAUGGUCCAGAGUGCCACGUGGAUGUCGAUUCUUAAUCGGAGAGAUAGAAAGAGAACGAUAGAGAGAGGGAGGUAAAGAGAGAGAGUUAGUAAGAAAUUAUUCAUCGACAUAGAAGAAAAAUGUAUUUAUAGUAACGACAUAUACAUGUGACGAUUUAAAUUCUCAUUAUAAUGAUCUCAUUUUAUGGAAAUGUAUAAAUGCUACGCUGUAUAAAAUGAAUCGCAGAUCACUUUGUUUCAAUAUUAUAAGAAAAAUAUCUCUUUCCGAAUGCAGGAAGAUUAAAAUAAUGUGUAAUAUAAAGUUGAACAAAAAUUUUUUGUGAACGAGGAUAUGUAGAGUAACUCGUAUGCAAUUCUAAUGAAAUAUUUUAGAUAUUACAAAAAAUGACAAUUUUAUUAACGUAAAUUUUAUAAAAAGAUAUAAACCGUGCUUUUUAUAUAUUUUAUACUUGCACUUUUAAUUUACAUUUUUAUUUAUUGAAAGAUAAGCUGAUGCUGAUAGUAUUGCUAAAAAAAUACUAAAAGUAUAUUUUUACACAGAAUGCAAUAAGUCGCUUUAUUUUUUUAUGUGCAUGGAACAGUUUUAUAAAAACUUGUGUUUAUUAAAUUUUUUAGCUCUAACGUUUGUUAAACAUUUAAUGCAUAAUGCAUUUUUACUGCUAACAAUCAGUUUAAUACUUUAAAUGCUUCCAAGUUUUAACUUUUGAUCGUAGAUUAAUUUUUAUUAUUAUUUUUAUUAUAGAAAAAGUAUUUUACGAAACCGAGAGAUAACUCUCAUAAGAGAUAUUUUGAUGCAGUCUAGCGCAGUCUAGCGCAAUUAUUUUUUAAAACUUAGAAGAUAACAAUUUGCUUUUCCGCGUUUGUUGAAAAAGUUAAAUCGUUUCGAAAUAUUUUAAGUCAUAACAUCUUUGUCAACAACAAAGUUGCGCGACAAAGCGCGUGUGUUGUUACGAAGAAAUAUAAUAAACGUCCUAUCGUACGAAAAAGUAAGAUAAGAUCUUUAAUUCACAAAUGAUAAAGAAACAUUAAGAAUCGGCAUCAGUGGCAUUAUAUGUUAUAUUAAAAAAGGUUGAAACUACAUACAUAGGCGAAAAGAAAGAUAUUUUAUUAAAUUAUUUAAGUCGGGAGUCGAGUACAAGGGCAGUAUGAAACGGAUGAUAACAUAAAUUUCCACACGCAAAUUCUCAUCCUCUGAUAUCGUAAACGGGAUAUAUCGUUUCUCAUUUGUUCGUCAAUACAUGUUACCUUAUAAUAUAAGAUGCAAGGUACACCUUAUGGGUGUAAGAUCUUCCAGGGGAAAUCAAUUUUCUGAAACAUAAAACUAUAGCUCUAUUUAUAUGAAUCAGCAAUUAGUAUUAAUGAAAUGAAGACUACACUGAGAUACACCUGCGAAGGUAAGGAUUUAUAUAAAAGAAAGAGAGAAAAUGAGUGAUAAUGAUCUACGCGCUAUAAAGUAACGACGUACCGAAAUUCAAGAUUUACUCUUACUACAUAAUUUGCAGUAACGAACAACGACUAUGCGUUUCGUCGGAGUAAUUGUAAGGUGAAGAAUUCUAUGUGCAAUUAUUCCUAUAUAAAGUAGUGCAAGAUUUGUCAUGGUAAUUCGCAUCUUUCUCUCUGUUUAGGUAAAUAUAGACGAAUAUGUUAGGACAAAAGGAGAAUAUCCGAGCGUAAGAUGCAUAUUACGGUUUGUAGACAGUCAAAGAAAUUUUUGAAAUGACACACAAAGUGGUAUUAGACGAGGAAAUGAUGAUGGUGAGGGUAUCCUGUAAUUGUACAAAAUACGGAAAUAAUCCGCGGAUCUUGUUCUAUUCGGUUUAUACAUUUUGUGCGACAAUUAAAGCAACGAAGCUCUGUACUGUUUCAGGAUGUGCUUUCAUUAGAUUAAAGAGAUGUUGCGCUGCUAAGUGUAAGCAUUAAGAAAAGAAUGAAGACAUUUGAGCAUUUUCUUGAGAUUACGUUUUUGCUAAGUUCCAUAAAGCGAUCACGAUGUUGCGGCUACGUUUCAUCUCUUUCUUCCUCUUCCUCCUCCUCCUCCUCUUCUCUCUCUCUCUCUCUCUCUCUCUCUCUCUCUCUGUCUGUCUCUUUCUCUUUCUUUUUCACACAUCAACGUGGUUAUUCCGCUUCUGUCUUUGCGCAAAGAAAUAGCGUGUGCCAAUGUAAUUAUAAAGUUUCAUGUAUUAUAUAUCCGUGGAUAUUUGUAUGCGCGUACAUUAUUAAUUAUAAAUAAGUAUUAUCAUACGUGUAUGUCCCACAAAUAGGUUCGCAUUUAACAAUGUGCCUAUAGAUCUUACGAGUUUCGAGUUCUUUAUGGCUCAUCAAUUUCUUCAUUCUGAACAGUUCUUUCACUUGUGUACAUGUUAACUGAAACUUUACGUUAAGUAUUUACGUUAAACGGCGUGGCCGCAUAACAUAUACUGUACGUCAUAACGUGCGACUGUAAUUAGCUAAUUUGUCCAUCAUUAUCAACGUCUUGUGGCUUACUUAAAUUGCCGAGUCUCCGCUGUUAUCGCACAUUUAACACUAUACGCGCGAUCAUAUAAUUUAAUUUAAUUAAUGUAAUUAGAAAUCUGCUUCUUCGGUAGGAGGUAGUUUUAUUUUAGUAUUAAAUGUGCGAACGUAAUCGGAAUUAUCGCAUGCUUCGUUGUAAUAAUUUUGUUGAAAAGUAAAUCGUAAUAAUUACGUUUUAAUGUGUUCAAUCGUGAAUCACGAAUCAUACCAUGAUCUCUCAUAUUAACGCGCGAUAUGCGAGAAUACAUUUACCGAGGAUGAUUUGCGAAAUUAGAAACGGCUUGCAACGUACGUCAGCAUUGUUUGCAAAUUGCUAGAUUAAUUAUUUAGUGGCCACCGACAUAUCAAUUAUUAAUUAUGCGUUUUAAUAAUCAACUAACUUUUAAUGAAAACUAUCACGUAAGUUGAGAGUAUUAAUUCCGCAAAAAAAAAGGGAGGCGUCUGCCGUGUCAGAGUAAUCUCCAUUGUCCGCGAAUAGACAAUAGGUAUCUUGUAAAAAAGAAAUUGCAACUACUAUGGCUGUGUGAUAAAAUUUUUAUUCAAGUGCUGCAAUGUCCCUCUACAUCAAUUAAUAGUCGUUAUCGCGUAUUCUCUUUUCCUUUCGCUCUGUAUAUUAUAGAUUUUAAUAUGCUCAUGUUUCCAUUACUCAGCAGCUCUAUCUACAAAGCUGAAGGGACAAAGUCGCUCGAUAAUCAAUUUUACAAUUAUAGAUAUCAUCCUAAUUUUUUCUUCGCUCUUCAACGAAAUUUGAUGUUUGAUGUUGUAAUUUAUGAUUUUGUCAAUUCUAUCGUUAUCAUUAGACACAUUUCGUGAUUUAUUAAUUAUAUAAAUCUAUUAAUAAUAUAAAUAUUAUAUGUAUUUAUUAUUGUACGAAUUGUGAAUCGUGUGCACGAGGCUGACUCUUGUAUGGAUUCAAAGAUGGAACUUAGCAAAUUUUCCAUAAAAAAUCGAAGUUAACAGAAUAAGUAUUUCUUCGCGCUGAGAUUUAAAACGCGCGUUACAAAUUUUAUUUCUACAUAUAAGUAUAUACACUUUACAUGUAUCUAUUUGUAUGGUACAGUAUGUAUCUCUAUUUUCCCAAAAGAGCGGAGUACGCACCUCGCAAGGAUCGCGAAUGAGAUUCGUCUCUUAGCUUCCUGUUUUAAAGAAUCUUUAUCGCUGAAAGGUCAUCGUGAUAUCGCAUGAUGUAAAAAUACAUUAAUUUGCAAGUUCUCCAUUAGAUUAUAUACGUACGAGGGCGUUUUCGACGUGGUCGAGCUGCGAGUUAAGAAUGAUUAGUGAUGAACGGUAUUAUGAGAGAUUUCUUCUCGUUUGUAAAGGCCAUUACCUUGUAAUCCGUUUACGAGCGACCACGUCGCAGGGGAGGAGACACACUGUGCAAAACUUAAUUAGUACAACUUAAAAAGUGCACGUCGUUGCGAGCGUUGCGAAGGUUCUUGCUAAUUAAUGAAUAUGUCAGGUAUUUUAAGUCUGAAAGUGAAAACUUCUUUCAUUGUAUUAUAUAGGAUAAAGGUUACGAUAUAACGGUCGCCAUGAGCUCCCACUUAUGCGAACUAUUAAUAGUGAAAUGCGUCUUAUCGAAGACGUAAGCGGUUCGUCGAUAUUAGACAAAAGAUUUUCUUUUUUUAAAAGUGUGACGUAAUUUACUCGACGUUAUGUAACGUUAUAUAUAGAAACGGUGCGCAUUACACCUGCGAAAGGAAAUCUUUCAAUUUUAGCAGUAAUGUAGCUUUGUAUAUUUAUUGCUUUUUUUAAUGCAUACUACACGUUAUCUACAAUUAUAAGGAUGUAUGUCAGUGCUUUUGUAAUUUUUUUUUGUUUUAUCUCUAUCAUUAUCUCGUUUAUUGUUGCAAAAUGUUGAAUGAAGAAGUUAAAUUAAAAUAUGAAAUCACGCGAUGAACAUAUGUAUAUUUUAAUUUACAGAUAUACAUAUAUAUACAAGUUAAAAAUAUAAUCUGACACAAAUUGUAUUGAAAGAAAUUUCAAUUUCUAAAAUCUUGGAUUGCACUCUCUCACAACAGUUUAACGAAAACGAUCUCGAAAAAAUGUACGCUGCAAAAAAAUUGUUAUGUUCAAGUAAAUAUAUUUAUUUUAACGUUAUUUUCUUGAUUUAAGAAAAUAUUUUCCAAGUUUAAAAAUAAAUUUAUUUUAUACUAGCUAAUAUUUAUUUAAAUCAAGGACAUGAUAUUAAAUAUAUUUACUUGAACAUAAAAAACUUUUUUCAGUGUAUGUAAUAGAAAGGUAGAACAUUAGGAUGUUCUACAAAUAAAGGCUGCGCAAUUUUAUUAAAGGAUAUGUGUUAAUUAGAUUGAUUAAUGUUAACAUUUUUUUACGACAUCUGAACGAUGUGACGGUGUGGCGACCGUUUGACAAAUUAGUCUUUAGAUAUUGUAAUGAAAGUCUUUGCAUGUGGAGAACUCAUUAAGGCCAUUCACAUGUAAGUUGCCAAGAUCGUCGAUGAAGGACGAUCCAACUGUUAAACAGUUAAAAAAAAGAGAAAAAAAAACAGAUCGAUAAAUACGGCACAUAGUCCACGUGGUUUGCAAGCGAUAAAUUUACCGUGACGAUUGCAAACGCCCAGUACACUAUUCCGAGAAAAUAAACGCUUGUCGAAUAGUCUAUUGCGCAACACGAUAUAUUGUGUUAAUUGUGUAUAAUUCCAAGAAUAUUAAAUGUAAUUUCAAUGUACAUUACGCGAUUAUACGCCGGACGCUGUAUAAAUAUUUCUAAACGCGCAAAUAUAUUAUAAAAUAUUUUCCCGAAA